AUGAGUGAUAAAGAUGAGAUUGCAGAGCCUGCGUGUUCAAGCCGACAGCUCUCAGCUGAGACGGUGUUCUCAGAGAUGUCAACAAUACAAGAUAGUCCUGAAUCUCGGAAGCGUAAAGUCAGCAAGGUCAAAGAUCGUAUUGGCCGUUAUGUCCCUGGCCAGUGGGCUCAUACCAAGAGCACUGACAAUAACCUAAUACCAUGCUUAAAUGCAUGCCUUGAUUGGCUACCUGCAGAAGGAGUGGAUUCUCUGGUCCAUGACGUGGAGAGCUGCGGUGAUGAUGAAGCCCUUUAUUAUGUCUUCAAAACUUUGGCAUCUGGACUUUUGCAGCCCAUGAAGGCUCUGAGUACCGGGGCUUCUGUGACUGAAUCUCCUAUCAUCAAGCACCAAAGAAAUGCAGAUCUCGUUGCUGCGAACAUCCCCGAACCCCAAUCACGAACUGAUGAAUUUCGUGACAAAUGCCUUCGUCGAGAUGGAUCUCGCUGUGUUGUAACACAACGGAUGGAUAUAAACCUUUGGAAGAAUAUCAAUCGGCCUUCUGAGGGGGAGAAAAAUGCUGCAAAUGUCUGGGAGACUUUGUUCCGUUGCUUCCCAUCAAUACGGCGGAUUGGUAUGAAUGCAAGAAAUAUUAAUGACGCGUCAAAUGGAAUAACAUUGUUGGACAUAAUUCAUAAGCAGUUCGGAAAGUUCCGAUGCGCCUUUGAGCCUACAGAAACCCCGCACGUCUACAACUUUAAAACCUACUUGGAUUAUCCUUACAAAAAGGUGUUCUUCCCACAGGACCAAAAGGUUACAAUGCGAAAGGCAGAAGGGGGUGAAGAUGUUAAACUUCCCUCUCCAGAGCUGCUAGAAUGCCAUUGGAGAAUUGCAGAAAUUUUAAAUGCAUCUGGCAUGAGUGAAAUCAUUGAUCGGAUCAUCAAGGAUUGGGAGUAUAUCAAGGAAGGCGAUGAAGGGCAUGGCAGUCUAAGAGAAGAUGGAAAGUCCAAUGUUUCAGAGAUUUUGUCAGCCGCUUUCUGGGCUCACGGUCACUGGGUCAAGACGUAA